GUCGUUGAGCUGGGCACAAUUCAAUUCAAGGCCCUCCCCCCAUAUCUUUGUCUCUCGCCGUGUGCCAGCAAUGGCGUUCGUGACGCUGCUGGUGAUCGCCUCCCCUGUCCUGGCGCUGCUCCUGAGGGCGGCGUGGGUGGCCCUGUCGUGCUACCUCCUGACGCCAAUGAGGAUCCGGCGGGUCAUGGCCCGGCAGGGCGUGCGCGGGCCGCCGCCGCGCCCGCUCAUUGGCAACCUCCGCGACGUGUCGGCGCUGGUGGCGCGGGCCACCGCCGGCGACAUGCCGGCCCUGAGCCACGACAUCGUCGGCCGCCUCAUGCCGCACUACGUGCUCUGGUCCAAGACAUACGGGAAGCUCUUCGUCUACUGGUACGGCAGCGAGCCGCGGCUGUGCCUGACGGACGCGGCGAUGAUCAAGGAGUUCCUCUCGUCCAAGUACGCGGCGAGCGCCACGGGGAAGUCGUGGCUCCAGCGGCAGGGGACCAGGCACUUCAUCGGCGGGGGUCUCCUCAUGGCCAACGGCGCGCGCUGGUCGCACCAGCGCCACGUCGUCGCGCCGGCGUUCAUGGCCGACAAGCUCAAGGGGCGCGUGGGCCACAUGGUGGAGUGCACGAAGCAGACGAUCCGAGCGCUGCGCGAGGCCGCUGUGGCGGCGCCGUCUCCCGGCGGCGGCGCGCGGCGGCGCGAGGUGGACAUCGCCACGUACAUGACCCGCCUGACCGGCGACAUCAUCUCCCGCACGGAGUUCGACACGAGCUACGAGACGGGGAAGCGCAUCUUCCACCUCCUCGAGGACCUGCAGCGCCUCACCGCGCGGUCCAGCCGCCACCUCUGGAUCCCCGGCAGCCAGUACUUCCCGAGCAAGUACAGGCGGGAGAUCAGGCGGCUGAACGGCGAGCUGGAGGCCGUGCUGACGGAGUCCAUCGGGCGGAGCCGGGAGAUCGCCGACGAGGGCCGCGCCACGUCGGCCUACGGCCGGGGGCUCCUGGCCAUGCUGCUGGCGGAGAUGGAGAGCAAGAAGGACGACGGCGCGGCGGGCGGCGCCGCCGCGAGCCGGCGGCGGCAGCAGUUCAGCUACGACCUGCAGCUGGUGAUCGACGAGUGCAAGACCUUCUUCUUCGCGGGGCACGACACGUCGGCGCUGCUGCUCACCUGGGCGCUCAUGCUCCUCGCCACGCACCACGAGUGGCAGGACAGGGCCCGCGCCGAGGUCGCCCGCGUCUGCGGCGACGCCCCGCCGUCCUACGACGACCUCUCCAAGCUCACCGUGCUUCAGAUGAUCAUCCACGAGACGCUGCGGCUGUACCCGCCGGCGACGCUGCUGCCGCGGAUGGUGUUCGAGGACAUCCGGCUCGCCGGAGGCCUCCACCUGCCGGCCGGCCUGUCGGUGUGGAUCCCGGUGCUGGCCAUCCACCACGACGAGUCCAUCUGGGGCCCCGACGCGCACGAGUUCAGGCCGGAGCGCUUCGCCGCGGGCAGGCGCCCGGCGUUCCUGCCGUUCGCGGCGGGCCCGCGCAACUGCGUCGGCCAGGCGUACGCGCUCGUCGAGGCCAAGGUCGUGCUCGCCAUGCUGCUCCAGCACUUCCGCCUCGCCAUCUCCGACGACUACCGCCACGCGCCGGUCAACGUGCUCACCCUCCGCCCCAAGCACGGCGUGCCCGUCCACCUCCGCCCGCUGCGGCCGUGAAGGCCCCCCCGCCCCAAAAUUCGUUUGGUUCCUUCCUUUUGGUGCGCCUUCUCCGGCGAGCUCUUGGCGCCCUGCGGCUGUAGAGAGUGGUUACAGUUUUGUGAUCUCCAGUCGGUUCCCCCUGACAUGUGGGGCCGGCGUGCAAUAUAUGUGUGUAGGACGGAGCUUUCCGUACUGAGUUAGAGGACUUAUGCAUGCAGAUUAGUGACAUAAUAACAUUGACUGAUCACAAGAAUUAGCACAUGGGUUGGCAUC